GCUACGCAAGAAAUAUUUUUUAUUAUAGUAUUAAUUGCUGUGAUUUGGCUUUCAAUUAGUGAAAUUGUUGACCACCUACGUUGCGAACAUGAAAUUGCUGCGCAACACUUUCCUGUAUGCGCUGCUUGUGCUCGCCGGCUGCAUGAUAUUUGCUACAGCACAGAGUAAACAGAAGAGCGGUCUCUCCCUGCCGGAAAAAGUACAAAACCUGGUGGAAAUGAACAUGAAAAAGCCAGUCUUGCGUUUGAAUGGCCAAAAAUUCCGCGAAUAUGUGAAGAACGCACCACGCAACUAUUCGAUGAUUGUUAUGCUGACGGCAAUGGCGCCGCAACGCCAGUGCCAAAUCUGUCGACAUGCUCUGGAGGAGUUCACCAUUGCCGCGAACUCUUAUCGCUUCUCGCCCAUAUACUCUAACAAGCUAUUCUUUGCGAUGGUUGACUUCGACGAUGGCUCCGAUGUAUUUCAGUUGCUGCGUCUGAACACGGCGCCGGUGUUUAUGCACUUUCCGGCCAAGGGGAAGCCAAAGGCGGCUGAUACAAUGGACAUACACCGUGUGGGCUUUGCUGCCGACGCUAUUUCUAAGUUUGUGGCGGAGCGAACGGACAUUCAGAUACGCAUAUUCCGCCCACCGAAUUAUUCAGGAACAGUGGCUAUGAUUACGUUGGUGGCCCUAGUAGGCAGCUUUUUGUACAUACGCCGGAACAAUUUGGAGUUUUUGUACAACAAGAAUCUGUGGGGAGCCAUUGCAGUGUUCUUUUGCUUCGCCAUGAUUUCGGGUCAGAUGUGGAAUCAUAUCAGAGGUCCGCCAUUGGUGCAUAAGACGCAGAAUGGCGGUGUGGCCUAUAUUCACGGCUCAUCGCAAGGCCAACUGGUGGUAGAGACAUACAUCAUUAUGUUCUUAAAUGCCAUGAUUGUGCUCGGCAUGAUAUUGCUAAUCGAGUCUGGGACGCUGAAAGGCCACAAUAAGAACCGAAUAAUGGCCAUGGCCGGUCUGGUGCUGUUAACGGUGUUCUUCUCCUUCUUGCUAUCCGUGUUUCGCUCGAAGGCGCAGGGUUAUCCUUAUAGUUUCUUGUUCAAAUAGAAUGACUGCCGUCGUCGAAGGCUCCGCCUUUUCAAGGAAGUUCAAUUCAUGUGGGCGUUAUUAUGGUUCUCUAGUUUAAAUUGAAUGCAACACCGACUUUUGUGCGUGUGUGUGUUUGUGUAGAACACCUUUAAUAAAUUCCACUACUAAAACAUUUGUACAAACACAA